CAAGGCUCACACAACACAAAAUGACAACAAACUAAAAACGUUUUUCACGUUUAUUAUCUUCUGUUUAUGGCGAAUUCUGUGCAACUGGUUGAUAUCAUAUGCAAUAGAAACAUGGAUGAUGGUACAAGAAAACGUGCUGUCGAAGCAGAUCGUGAAAAAUAUGCUAAGCGGCGUCGAGAACUUGCAAAAAAGGAGAACAGCGAUGACUCGGAGCCAGAAGACUAUGUCCCUUAUGUACCUGUCAAAGAUCGCAAGAAGAGUAAGGUUCAGCAACUGAUGCAGACUCUGCCAUCCAAGGCAACUACCCGUUUACAAUUGCAGGAGGAGACAAACAGCAGCGGUAUGGAGGAGCUGGAGCAGGAGACAGCAGAGGCGGAUGUAACCACUGGUCCUUAUUCUCAUAUAAGUCUUCUGGAUCAGCACAGUGAACUCAAGAAAAAGGCUGAAGCUAGGAAAGAGACAGCCCGAGAGAAACAACUCAAAGAGGAGGAGAAAAUAUUAGAGAGUGUUGCUGAAAAAACAGCACUCAUGGGCGUGGCUGAGUUGGCUAAGGGCAUUCAAUACGAGGACCCCAUUAAGACAGGUUGGCGACCACCCAGGUACAUACUUGCCAUGCCGGAAAGCAGACACACCAAAUUGAGACAGAAAUUACAGAUUCUCGUUGAAGGCGAGGAAUUGCCACCUCCACUCAAGUCAUUCAAGGAUAUGAAGUUUCCUCGUACCAUUAUAAGUGCCAUGAAAAAGAAGAGCAUUCUCAAACCCACCCCCAUCCAAGUACAAGGGAUCCCAGCUGUACUUAAUGGUCGUGACAUCAUAGGGAUCGCAUACACAGGCUCUGGGAAGACGUUGGUGUUUGUUCUGCCAAUUGUCAUGUUUUCAUUGGAACAAGAGAAAAAGAUGCCAUUCAUUCAAAACGAGGGUCCUUAUGGGCUUAUCAUUGGACCAUCGAGGGAGUUAGCAAAGCAAACGUUUGAGAUUGUCACAUUCCUUGCUGCAGCUCUCGUUGCUGAUGGUUUCCCAGAGAUAAGGACGGCUUUGUGCAUAGGUGGCGUGCCGGUCAAGGAACAAAUGGAUGUUAUCAAGAGAGGUGUUCAUAUCAUGGUUGCAACCCCGGGGCGUCUGAUGGACAUGCUGGCUAAGAAGAUGGUGAAUCUGGACGUCUGCCGCUACCUUGUGCUGGAUGAAGCAGACAGAAUGAUUGACAUGGGCUUUGAAGAAGAUGUCAGGACAAUAUUUUCAUACUUUAAGGGUCAAAGACAGACAUUACUCUUCUCUGCAACAAUGCCUAAGAAGAUUCAGAAUUUUGCUCGUAGUGCUCUGGUCAAACCCGUCACAAUUAAUGUUGGCCGUGCUGGUGCUGCAAGUACCAAUGUCACCCAGGAGGUGGAGUAUGUCAAACAGGAAGCAAAGGUUGUCGCUAUCUUGGAGUGCUUACAGAAAACUAGCCCGCCGGUUUUGGUAUUUGCGGAGAAGAAGCAGGAUGUCGAUGCUAUCCAUGAGUAUUUGUUACUGAAAGGUGUCGAGGCUGUGGCCAUACAUGGUGGCAAAGACCAGGAAGAUCGAUCACGGUCUGUGGAUCAGUUCAGAAAGGGAGAGAAGGAUGUUCUCGUAGCUACAGAUGUGGCAUCUAAAGGUUUAGAUUUCUCCGAUGUUCAACAUGUGAUCAACUAUGAUAUGCCUGACGAUAUCGAGAACUAUGUUCACAGGAUUGGUCGUACUGGUCGAAGAGAAAACAUGGGUACAGCAACUACGUUCAUCAACAAGGGUUGUGAAGAGUCCAUUUUACUAGAUCUGAAGCAUCUGUUGAUCGAAGCUGGACAGAAGGUUCCAUUAUUCCUGGCCACACUACAGUCAGAAAAUGAGAAAUAUCUUGAUAUUGGAGGUGAAGUUGGAUGUUUGUACUGCAGUGGUCUUGGUCACCGAAUCACAGACUGUCCAAGAUUAGAGGCAAUGCAGAGCAAACAGGCACAGAACAUCGGCAGAAAGGACUAUCUUGCAAACAACAGUGCAGAUUGGUGAAGUAGGAUUGGAACAAUGUUGAAAUUGUCAUUGAAUGUGCUGGCAUUUGGACUGGUGCUGAAUUCUGCAUUUUGCUACUUUCUGACAUUCUUUGAUGUGACAUUGCCAUUCACAGGAAGGAGCGUCUUGUGAAGUCUUGUGUGAAGACACAUGCAGUGCAUUUCUGAAGACUGUACAUGUAGGCAGGAUCAAGGGCAAGAUUAGUGUUCACAAAGUGAUUGAUAUCAUUUGCCUAUACUUCUAACAUUACAUCAGCACAUUUCAUGCCUGUAUGAGAGAUCUUUUUAUCACAACGUCAAGAAGACCUGUCCCCUUUCUGCACACAAUGUUCACACUGUAACCAGCAGUGGGACCCCAAGCUCCUGCCUAGUAUAGUCCACUCUUAAAAGUGAUGACUACAUGUAUAUGGCUGACUGGUGGUUUGCUGCCUCGGUUCCAUUCCCUGCUAGGUUGGUUAAGGUGUCAGUACAUGGUGUUUGUAACGUGCAUGAUUUUCAUGCAAAUGUUGACCAAAAUUAAUUUACUGACCAGAAUGUCAGCAUUUAUAUUUUUGUGAUUAAAAUGUAAGUAAGAACUUGUGAAUAAACCCAUUGAUUGAA